CUUUGUUUAUUUAUUCUAUGGAAAAAUAGUUUGUUUUAACGGGAUUUUGAUCCUUUUUUCCUUGCGAAAAUCCCAAGUUUCUUCGUUUGUGUUUUAAAUAGGGACAUCAGCAGGUGAACCAACUAACGUAUGUGAAUAAAAAUAAAUAAUUAUAUUUCUAAAGUAAUGUAUACUCAAAAACUGCAUUAUGAUGUAAAGGUUUCUAUUUUUUUUCUCUAUUUUUGUGAGGCAGCAAGUACGUUUUCGCAGCUAAGAAGAAACAAAAGAAAAGAAAAAGAAUAAGCUUCUUUUUUGAAAACGAACAUUUGUUGCAUCAACUUUUCUUCCAUAUACUUCUCUAAAUGUUCAGUGGACUACAAGGUUACAUACGAUGAUGCGACUCGGUUUACCCAGCAUUCGACACUUUGUCACGAACUGUUCAAACAAAAUGUCAGCUACAGAUCCUACAAAAGAAAAGCUAAUUUUUGCGCCAAAUCGCUACCAAUACACUAAAGCAAGUCUUCAUAAAGAGGACUUGGAGGGUAAGGAUCCGUUACUCCUGUUUAAUGACUGGUUCCAAGAAGCUAGCAAAGACUCUGCUAUUCAAUCACCAGAAAGCACUACUUUAUCUUCGGCACGCCUUCCUUCCGGAAGAGUAUCUUCCCGUUUGGUAUUGUUGAAAGAAUUGGACCAUAGAGGAUUCAUUAUUUUUACCAACCUUGAAACUUCAAAGAAGGCACAAGACUGGGAAACAAACCCCUAUGCCUCCUUAUCAUUUUGGUGGGAGUCUUUGCAACGACAAGUGCGGAUCGAGGGAAUUGUCGAACAUCUUACUCGUGAAGAAACAGAGGAGUACUUCCAAACUCGACCUCGCGUAUCUCGAAUUGGAGCAUGGGCUUCUCCCCAGAGCACUGUGAUCCAGGAUCGUAAAGAGUUAGAAGAACGUGUUCAAUCAUACAAAGAAAAGUUUGGCGAAGACGAAUCCGUUUUAGUACCUGCUCCCAAGUUUUGGGGCGGUAUUCGCAUUGUACCUUUAGAAAUCGAGUUUUGGCAAGGUGGGCAAUAUCGUCUACAUGAUCGCUUUUCAUUCCGCAGGGAAAAUUUGGAUAGCGACUACCAACUGGUUCGCUUAUCCCCUUGAUUUUUACCUUUUUUGCCAGUACGCAUGUCUUGCUAUCUGCUCUACUGAAUAAGCAACGUGUUCUUCUCUUCAGUGAAAUAUGUAUGAAUUCCUUAAUAUAUGGCCUUCAUUAACUGAGUAACUAUUGAAAAUCGAAAAGUCCUUCACUACAUACUUGGCAAUAUAACAAGCCUUCCAACUACGCAAUAUAGAGAUUUUAUUUUUUUUCUUUUGUCUUUGUCUUGUAUCUUUUUAAGAGAAACUUUGUACAGAGAAUUCAAACGAUUUGUUUAGUAAAUUUUGAAACCUUUAACGAAACCAACGAAAAUAUUUCCGGACUUGUCGCAACAUACUUCACGAAAAUAAAAAAACUCUCUUCUGACAGUUUAUUUAUUUGAUGAAUGUUCUAGAAAAAAAAAACCACUCCUAAUAUAAUGUACAAAUUAAAUAAAAGAAAACAAGACUUAUGUUGAAAAUAGCAGCACUCACAGAAUAAAAUCGUACAAAACCAUGUCUUUCGAUGAUAUAUACAACAUAUAAUGAUACCUUAAGAU